CCAAGAGGUCAGGGCUGAGGAUGGGGAGCAUCUCAGGGACCCAGAAGACCGCGCCCGGCCUGAAAACCCGGCCUGAAGGCCCGAAGGACCUGCCCUAACACAGCUUCGGCUGCCACCUGGCGAUUCCUCUCCACUCCUCUCUGCGCACACGGCUCCUCAACAUGAGACACAGUCUGCACUUGACCUUCAUGUGUCUGAGCCUCUUCACUGGAAGGCUGUGCGUCCGAGGGAGUCGGUUCAACGUGGAGGUCAGCAGAAGUGACAAGCUCUCCCUGCCUGGCUUUGAGAACCUCACUGUGGGCUAUAACAAAUUUCUCAGGCCCAAUUUUGGCGGAGAGCCAGUUCAGAUAGCCCUGACUCUGGACAUUGCAAGUAUUUCUAGCAUUUCAGAGAGUAACAUGGACUACACAGCCACCAUCUAUCUCAGACAGCGCUGGACGGACCAGCGGCUGGUGUUCGAAGGCAACAAGAGCGUCACUCUGGACGCGCGCCUCGUGGAGUUCCUCUGGGUGCCGGACACUUACAUUGUGGAGUCCAAGACGUCCUUCCUCCACGAGGUCACUGUGGGAAACAGGCUCAUCCGCCUCUUCUCCAAUGGCACUGUCCUGUACGCCCUCAGAAUCACAACGACUGUCGCGUGCAACAUGGACCUGUCUAAGUAUCCCAUGGACACGCAGACAUGCCAGUUGCAACUGGAGAGCUGGGGCUACGACGGAAACGACGUGGAGUUCAGCUGGCUGCGCGGGAACGACUCCGUGCGUGGGCUGGAAAACCUGCGGCUGGCUCAGUACACCAUACAGCGCUAUUUCACCUUGGUCACCAGAACGCAGCAGGAGACCGGAAAUUAUACGCGAUUGGUCUUGCAAUUCGAGCUUCGGAGGAAUGUCCUGUAUUUCAUUCUGGAAACCUAUGUUCCUUCCACUUUCCUGGUGGUGCUGUCCUGGGUUUCGUUUUGGAUCUCCCUCGAUUCAGUUCCUGCAAGAACCUGCAUCGGAGUGACCACCGUGCUGUCAAUGACCACGCUGAUGAUCGGGUCCCGCACUUCUCUCCCCAACACCAACUGCUUCAUAAAGGCCAUCGACGUGUACCUGGGGAUCUGCUUCAGCUUCGUGUUCGGGGCCCUGCUGGAGUACGCGGUGGCCCACUACAGCUCCUUGCAGCAGAUGGCAGCCAAAGACAGGGAGAUGCCAAAGGAAGUGGAAGAAGUCAAUAUCACUAACAUCAUCAACAGCUCCAUCUCCAGCUUUAAACGGAAGAUCAGCUUUGCCACCAUUGAAAUUUCGGGCGAUAACGUCGACUACAGCAACUUGACCAUGAAAACCACUGACAAGUUCAAGCUGGUCUUCCGAGAUAAAAUGGGAAGGAUUGUUGAUUAUUUCACAAUUCAAAACCCCAGUAAUGUUGAUCGGUAUUCCAAACUACUAUUCCCUUUGAUUUUUAUGCUAGCCAAUGUCUUUUACUGGGCAUACUACAUGUAUUUUUAAGAGUACGUUGAAUAAUUUGCAUGCUGUAGGACUUCAGCAGGACAAGAUAAUGAAGCAAAUUGUAUUCAGCCCAAGUAUGUACCCUCACCCAAUGGUGCUGCAAGUUAACAAACAUAACAAUUCAACAAUUCUUCCCAAAGAAUGGACUCCCAACCAUUAUUUAAGCUUGUAGAAGUCCUAAGCAUUACAAAGUCUGGUCAUAGAAACGUCAAUCCAUUUUAUCUUUACAAAAGACAUACACGUGGAGCCCAAGGUUACAGACCUACCGAGGAUGGGCUGAUUGCUCAGCAGCUGCCUGGUCUGCAUACAUUACCUCAUUUUUUAAAAACUGAGAAGGUGGCCAUUGCAGGUAUCAAGUAACCCUCAAGUGGCAGGGGUUGUUUCUGAACUAAUCAUACAUGCUAUUUAUUAAAUCUCUGCAGUGCUUAUAACACACACAUUGGUCCUAUUUAGGGAGCAACACUUUCUAGUUUUUGUUUUUGAUUAAAAUGAAAUGUAGGCCUAAGUCAAUUGACUGGAAGUCACUGGAUUAACUCAAUACCAAGAUGAGUUUUUAAUAUAGGAUUUAAUACCACAACAGAAUUGUCCCCAAAUUCCCAUAAGUCUUACCAUUGAAAAAUCAAAUGUAAGUGAUGAAAAAUUUAGUGGGUCAGUAAUCUCACACAUAAACCCCUUGUUUCUAAGAUGUAUGAUGGCCUGACCGGCAGCAUUGAGUCCAUUUCUAUCUGCUGCUCUUUCCCAGCUGCAGACCCCUCGCAUCCUUCCAAGAAGAGCUUUGAUCCCCACGUUCUAAUGACCAGGAAUGAUGUUUACUGGCUAGUGAGUGGCAUUCCUCAGGAACACGUGGCGUAGCUCUAGUAAGCUUGGCUGUGUCCAGCUCCCCGAUCCUUGUAGCUGAACUGCUUUGAGUGGUUUGGCCCUGUGUCCUGAACUUUCUGAGUGACAAUGAGACUUGUUAUAGAACCUAUGUUCAGGCUGCAGGUGAGCCAGCCACUCUCACCCUAAAAUCAGAAGAACAAGUGCGCACACCUCCUUGCUCCUCAGCCACACUCACCCAACAGCAUCCUAAGCGGCCAUUUGUGUGUGCGCCAUGAUACAGGUUUCUGGCUCAGUCUCAGGCAUUUUAAAUCUUGCGAUCUUUAAUUCUUUAGCUUUCUUCCCUAAUAGAUAUAUGCCUUUACCCUUCCUUUCAGAAUUAAUCCACAGCUUUGAAAGAUCAUCUUUCUUCUAUACUCCCCUGCACCAAAGACUCUCAUUCUCUUUCCCAUUAUGAUACUUCUCACACUUUAGGUUUCUGUGGGUGUGAUCACCUCUGAGCUUUUAACAAACUGUUUCUAAUAGGAAGGGGGUUGCUAACAGAGGUGGAAUGUAGUCGUACGGUUCAAUUAUAUUUGUGAUUUUUAAAGAAAGGUUUGAAAGGAAAUAUCUUUUCUGAAACCCCAUGUAAGCACUAUAUGAAGCAAACUGUAAAUAUGUGAAACUGUGAAAUAAAUACACCAUAUUAGCUACCCACCAAAUCAAGUGGUCAUCUAUAGAAGGAGUAUUGUAAGAUCCCAUUUGGAAAAGGUA